AUGGCGAAAGAGAAGGGCACCGCUACGCUGACGAUGAUGGAACUGGCGGAGUCCGCGGAGUCGACAAUGACAAUGGGUAAUAACACUAGAAGUAGCGAUGCCAUCUACGAGUUCGACAGCGCUGAUCCCGCCAAACUGCCUCUGCUCCAGGCUAUCAAACAAUUCCCUAGGGUUGUCGCAUAUACCUUCGCCGCAACACCGGGCAUUCUCCUGUAUGGAUUUGACAUGGUCAUUGUCAGUACGCUGACUGCAAUGCCUGAGUUCCAACGCGACUACGGCCAAAUGUUCGGCAAAAAAUACAUCAUCCCUUCCGCGUGGUUGGGUGUAUGGACCGCAGCACCACCCCUUGGCAACAUCGCGGGGGCUGCCGUUGCCGGCUGGGUAUCUGAUCGGUACGGUCGCCGCUUCUCCCUCGCGCUGGGCGCUGUGAUAUCAGCCCUUGGCAUCGCAAUCUGUUUUGUGUCCGCCUUUUCACCCGACAUAGACGUUCGUCGGGGCAUAUUCUUGCUGGGCAAGCUUGUCGAGGGCUUCGCAGCAGGCCAGGCCAUAUGUACCGUGCAGAUAUACACCUCUGAGAUCGUGACGCGUGCGCUCAGAGGGUCCAGCCAGGCGCUGCUACCUGUGAUGACCAUGAUGGGACAGCUGGUUGGGGCCUUGGUGGUUUUUGGUUGCUUGUCGGUCGAUGGAUGGUGGGGGUAUUUGAUCGCCGUUGCGUCCCAGUGGGUGUUUUCGGCGAUCCUGUUGGGUUCUGCGGUUUUAAUACCGGAGAGUCCGCCACAUCUUAUCCGUGUGGGUAAAGUGGAUGAUGCUCGCAGGUCGCAGCGGCGUCUCCACCGGAAAGAAGUCGAUACAGAUAAGAUGGUGGAUAAGCUAUGUGAGACCAUGGAGCUGGAGAGGGAGAUUCAGAAGAGGAUAGGUUCCCAGGUGCGGUUCAUCGAUUGUUUUAGGGGUGUGGAUCUUCGGAGGACGAUCAUCGUGCUUGUUUGCCACGUUGUACCGCAGAAUUUUGGGCUGGGCUUGCUUGCGACAGCCAGUUAUUUUGCACAGACCGUUGGCAUGAAGCCGCUCCUCAGUGUUCUGCUUUUACAGAUUGGUGUUGCAGUUGGCUUGGUGGCGAACAUCAUAUCUGUGUGGACAUUGUCUGUGACAAAGCGCAGGCCGCUUAUGCUGUGGACGCUUGGCAUUGCUGGGGCACUUUGGGGUGCAAUGGGGAUUUCAGGCUGCUUUGAUAGCCCGGUGACGAUGUGGUUCACGGCCGCAAGUAUGAUUGUCGUCAUAUUUGUCUGCGCGAACGGCAUCUGGCCAGCUUCCGUCCUUGGCACGGCGGAGACAUCUUCCCUUCGCCUCCGUGGGAGGACGCAGGCUAUCGGAUGGGCAGUGCAUAGCUUUUAUGCAUGUAUCUUCGCAGUUGCGUUGCCAUACAUAUACAACACGGACAAGGGCAACCUUGGAGCCAAAACAGGGUUUAUCUACUUUGGCCUGUGCGCGCUGACUGGAUACCUCAUUUGGAAACUCGUGCCGGAAAUGAUGGGUCGUUCUGCUGCGGAAUUAGAUAUAAUGUUUGAGCAGAGGGUUCCCACGAGGCAGUUCUCGAGUUGGUCGGCGGAGACUACUAUAGCUGCUAGCGGUGUACCUGCUGCUAGAUCUCGCGCCGCUGCUGCUGUUGCUGCUGGUGAUAAAUGGAGUUAUGAGAAUAUACACGGUGGGGCGAUGGGUUCUUCAACUUAUUGUAAACAACCGAAUUGA